AUGUACCUUUACUUGAAAUAAUCAUCAAAAGUGUAGAAACUAAUUCAAUAAAAGUCAGAGAGUAAUUUGAAGAAAGUAAUUUUUGGUAUUUAUGUGUUAAGAUUGAACUUGUGAAUGGAGAAGUAAAGGCUCUUACUGGUUAUGGAAAAUCUUAUAUAGGCAAUAAGGUCUAAUCAUUUACUUUUAAAUAACAUAUUCUAGAAGUGUUAUCCUUUCUCUGGAGAUUCGAAAUACUAAUGAUAAUGGUCUACAUCAUAAUCAGCUGGGCUCUUUAGGAUGAUGCAGCUAGGUAAUUAAAAUUUGCAUAUUCGAAAGCAAUUUAGUUCUUUUGUUUCAAAGCAUUGUAUUGCUAUUGGAUUAUUGUCUGUUUGUAAUAAAGUCUGUUCUAAAAUUUCGUAAUUUUAGAAUAGUGGAAUCACAAUUGAAUGAAUAGAAAUAUAGUAUUCUAGAGAACUUUAUUCAUUCCAAAGAACCUUUGGCAUCAGAUUCUUCUGAAGAUAUAAACACUUAUUUCUCUCCAUAAAAAUAAGUAUUGAGAGAAUAGAUAAAAGUUGGUGAUAUUGUUAUCUUAUAAAAAAAACAUGAAUGUCCUGCAGAUGUAUUGCUUUUAGAAUCAAGUCAUCAGGUUGUAUAAAUAGAUUAGAAUGAAUUUGGCAUUCAAACACCUAAAAUAACAAUCCCUUGUUAAUCUACUUUUAGUAAUUUAAAUCUUUUAUCUUUAGUGUAACCAAAAUCAGAUACAAAAGGAGUGUUAGUUGAGUUCAAACUAACUUUGAAUGGACAGAUCUAGUAUUCCUAUUAAUUUGGCAAGAAGUCUAGUUUGAUGGGGACAAUUAAAUUAAAGAAUGAUCCAAAGGUGUUUAAAUUCAAUCAGGACAAUAUUAUUUUUAGUGGGGAGAAGCUAUUAAAUACAGAUUGGGCAUUAGGAAUAGUUUUGGUAGCAGGAAAUAAUUGUUUACGUAUUUAUAAGCCAAUCAAGCAUAAACGAUAAAAGUCAUUCCUGUUUAUUGGGCUCAUAAUUCUUGGGUACUUCAUAAGUUUGGUAUUUGAUAUGUUAAUUGUAGCUUGCAAAUCUAAGUUACAAAUCAAUUUAUGGAAUCCACUUAUGUUUCAAUUCUAUGUUAAUUCCAUUAUAUGCUAUAUUCUAUAAAGAGUUCAUCUAGAUCUUUCAUUACAUUAAGCAACCAAGUAUUCAGAAGAAAGUGAAGCCAAUGAAUGCCAUAGGACAAGGAAAUAACUAAGGGAAAGACAGUAUACAUAUUAUAAAUUUUAAGUUGUUUAAGAUGAUAAACACAUUUGGAUUGAAUUUAACAAGGUUAAGAAUAUGACUGAGAUCUUUUCAUAGAAUAAACUGUCGAAUCAGGAAUAAAUUAAAGACUUCUAAAUUAUGAUGUAAUAAACUAAUGUAAUCAUUAAUGUAAAUUAUUUCAGUAUUGGAAAUGCUCAAAGGUGAAUUUGGUGUGUUUGGAAUUGAAUCAAUAGUAUUUUCAUAAGAAGAGAAAGAUCCAAUCAAUCUACAUUGAUGAUAAACAAUACAUGUUCAAAUACAAACAAUUAGUAACAAUAAUGAAUAGUAAUUAAAUUUAAUUGGGAGAUAAUUAUUAUAAAACCUUGUUAGAUACAGGCAGAGAAAACGAUAUUUUUGAUGAAGACAAGAAGGAUUACAGUGAAUUGAUCAAUUCCCAUCCUUACUCGCCUCAUAAUUAAGAGGAAAGAUAGAAUUAUGGAAUGAGUACUAAUUUGCAAUUUUCUCUCUCGAAGAAAACAAUCGAUGCGUCUUAAUAGAAAAAACUAAAGAAUUCCUUAGGGAAAACUAUAUCAUUUAGAACCAAAAUUGUAAAGAGUGGAAGUGACUAAAGUUCAUCUAUCAAUUAAUUAUAAAAGCAACAAUUGAAUGAGUAGUAAUUUAUCACUUAAUUGUUUGAUGACUUCGACAAUCAAUAUCACGAGAAAGUUGUUGCCUUAUUAUUAUUAUGUGAGAUAGAGAAUAAAUAUAAUGAAUAGAAAAAAACAAUAGAAACUUAUUGUAAAAACCCCCAGGAUUAUAUUUUAAUUGAGUUUUGCAAUCUCUUAGAAUACAAACUUAAGUGUAGCAUUGAAACCGAACGUUAAAUAUAUGACAUAAUUCUCAAAAGUUAACUAAAAAUCAUUGAAAUCCAAGGCAAAUUGAAAUAAUAUAAGAUCUUAAGUGAAAAUAAACAAACCAAAAAUAGAAUUGGAGUUUAUUCCGUGCUCCUAAAAGAUCCUGAAGAAUUCAAUGAAGAUGAAGGUGCUCUUCUCUAUAUAAAAAUUGAAACUUCGCAAAUGUAUGAAAAUACGAAUAUGAAUAUCAAUGUGUUAGAAACCAAUUCAACUCUAUAUUAUAUGUUGAAACGGGGACAAUAACCAACCUUGUAUUUCAAGAAGUAACUUAAAAAGACAGAGGCUAAAUAGUUCUUGUAAAAUAAGAUGAAUAUUAUGAAUUCAUAUACAACAGACGAAGAUUAAUUGGAAUAAUUGUAUUUACAAUUGGAAUCUCAAGCUGAAUUGCUUAUGAUUAUUGGAACUCAUGCAAAAAUAGAUCAAAGUGCUCUACUCACAAUAGAUGCAUUCUCAUAAGCAAAUGUAUUAUUAUAAUCAAAAUGAUCUUUAGCUAAAUACGUGGUUGGUAUCUGCUGAAAAUCAAUUUGUGGUGCUGAGAUUUUUGUUUGAUGCAAAAUUUAUAGAAAAUGAAAAUGAGCUAUAUUAAUUCAGUUCUGGGGAUGAGAGAACUUUGAAAUUUGCAAUUUAGAGUGCCUGCUCCAAUCUGAUAAAGUAAUAAAGGUAAAUGUGAGAUUAAACUUAAGAAUAUUCGAAGCACAAGACUUUGAAAAGAAGUACAUUCUCCUGAGUUGUGAAGCCUUGUUAACUAUAAUCAAAGAUGAGUAUCUCUUAAAUCAUUUCGCCAUAAUAGUUUGGUUCAGCAGGGGGUUGGCUUUAUAUGAUAGUUUGGAGAUCUCAAAGGUAAAGCUAUUUAAGAUUGCCAAAAAACUCAAUAUGUAAAUUGGAUACAUAGGAAGUUGUGUUAACAAUCAAAGAGUCUAUAAUAUGAGUUAAAUAUCUAUUGAUAUCAACCCGAAAUGCUACACUUAAUCCAAGCCUUGUUAUUUAGUAAAUUCGUUAAGAUGUGCAGAAGCUAUCCUAAUAAUUCAGUGUAUCAGUUCUUCUUUGUUGGCCUAAUCCAUUCUUUACUUUUGGUUAUACGAGAUGAUUCUAUUUGUGCUCAUAAACCUCAUAAAUUAAGGAUAAUUCUUAACCUAAAGUUGCAACAUCCUCCUUUUAUUGAGUCAAACUUUUACAGUGAUGAUUUAAUUACUAUCUCAUAAUCAACGAUUCAAGAAUUCAGAAGUUCAUUACAAAGGAUUAAUACCCUAAAGGUGCUUGGUUAAGGCUCUGUUUAAUAAAGAUUCAUUGAUUAAAAUAUUUCUAGUAGGAGUGGUUGAUGCAGCAAUAGUCAGUAUACCAUUGUAUGCUACAAAAUACUUAUAUGGAGACUCCAAUUACUUACCCAUAUCAUAAUUUGCCUUUAUUAUCACUUUGGAAUUAAUAGUUAAAAUAUAAUUGUAUUUCUAAAUAUUCGAAUAAUAAUAUAAAUAGCUUCUGGGAUUAUUAUUAUUGAGUGUAUUCGUUGUUGCAUUGGUAACAUUUCUGACUAUUCCUGAUUAUAAUGAAUAUCAUGUAUCUUACUCAGAUUUGUUUUACAGUCCUGGAUUUAUAAUAAGGAGUUUAAUCUUUGUUUACAUAUUUGCAUUUGUAUUUAAAUUUGCAGUAGCUUCUAUUUUAUAAUUGUAUAAUUUGGAGAUGUUCCAAGAUAUUUUGAUUACAGAUGAAUCAAAUUUUAAAUAUAUUGAACAGACUAAGAAAUAAAGAUAAACUAAACAGAGCUUACAACUAUCUAUUUAAUCAAGAAAGAAAUUUAUUAAGUCCAUUUUGGCUGAUAACAAUUAGAUGGAUGACUCUAUUUAUAAGGCAUUGAAUAAUAACAUUAAUAAUGAUGAAUAAAUAGAAUUAAAGAAAAAUUUGACUUUCAAUCAGAAGGAAUUCGAGAUAAGAUAUCAAGAGUCUAUGAGUUAAAACUCUAUUUUGUAUAUCAUUUUUGAGGCUGCAGUUUUCAUUAAUCUAUUGAUCUAAGUGAACUACAUUGAGAAUAAUAUAGCAAUCUAUAUAAUAUGGGGUGUGCAACUGUUCUACAGUAUUACAAUUUACAUUCUAUAAUACUUGGAAAUAACACCUCGUAAGAUCUAAUAAAAUUUACAAUUGAUCAGCAUCUUAAGUAGAUUCUUAUUUUAAUACAUUACGAUAUUCUUAUUGGAUUAGGAUUACAUAAUGAACCAAGUCAUUUUCACAUCAAUAUUUAUGAUAAUCCUCUUAAAUUAUUCAAUAAAGCAGAGUUUGAGAUUUAAAGGCACAAUAAUCCUUAUGAGUUUAAUAAGUUUGGGAGUGGUUUUGAAGUUUAUAACACCAAAAUAUUAAUACUCUCCAUAGAAACAGAUAAUGUUUAUUUUGGCUUUGAUAAUCAUAUGUAGUUUAGCAAUAGUAUGUGGGUAUUUCUUAUCAUAUGUGAAUGAGUAUCUGAGGAGACAGAACUUUCUAUUGCAAGAGUAAUUGGAGAAAGAACAAAAGAAAUUGAAUGACGCAUUGAGUAUAUUGAUGCCUAGAUUUAUUAAGGAAAGAAUGGCAAGAGGGUAUAUAUAAAUACAGGAAGAUCAAGGGCCAGUCACAAUCCUAUUUUGUGAGAUAUGUGACUUUGAUGAUAUUAUUGAAUCCGAAAAGGUGUCGAUCAUUAGUUUUCUGGAUUCUAUCUAUAGAACCUUCGAUACAAUAUGCAAUUAGUAUAACAUCUAGAAGAUUGAGACAGUAGGAUAGAUCUAUGUUUGUGCAUCAGGAUUAAAAGACUAUGAUAUAAUUGAUAAGCAAUCAAAAAACUCAACUUAGAAAAUGAUUGAAUGUGCAAUAGCCAUGAUGGAAUCAACUAAUAAUUUGAAAUACUAAGAUAAACAGAUAGUAAUAAAGAUUGGAAUUAAUUAUGGUAAUGUGAUGGCUGGAGUAAUCGGCCAACAUAAACCAUAAUUCUCAUUGAUAGGAGACACUGUAAAUACAACUUGCAGAGCAUGUACAGUAUGUGAACCAGGUAAGAUCUCAUUGACUGAAAGUGCCUUUAUUAGAGUCAGGCAAAUGAAGUACUAGUUUUAAGUUAAGGAAAUCAAUAUGAAGAAUAUUUAUGUGCUUUAUUAACUGGUAAUUAAUAAGAAAAGCACUUUCGCAGCAAAGGUUGACAAAUCACCCAUCAUUAAGUUGGUGAGUUCAAUUUAAUUUAAAAGAUUGGACUCUAAUGAUAAGCCGAUUAACAAUGAUCUUAUGACAAAUGCUGUUAAUCCUGCAGGGUUCUAAUUUGAUAUAGCACGGAAAUCAUCAAUGUCUAGGAAUAAAUCGGUUUAUCAGUUACCUGUUGAGUAAUUUGGGAAAGUAAUACAAGAUGUAAUCACAGCAAAUAAGUUAAUAUGUAAUUAUUUAAAAUCAAAUAGCAGAGGAUAUAUCUAAUAGACGUAUUACUAUGCACAGAAAGAGUAGAGUCACUAGAUAUAAGGAAGUGAAUCCUUAAAUGAUGUCAUCACAUGAUUAAGUUUAAUAACCAUAACAAUAAUAAUAACAAUAACAAUAAUAAUAAUAGUAAAAGAAAGAAGAUCCAUUGGGAGAUCAAUUUGGUGAUCUCUUUGAUAAUAUGAAGGUAGCUGAUUCUUAAAAAAAUGUUGAUGAUAUUAUGCCAAAGAGCCCAUAGAAUAAUGUUAAGAGCUAGAAAUCGAUAUAAAAUAAUAAUAAUAACAACCAUCUUUUUGAUUCCACUCUUUAAUAAGAAGAGAAAAUUGAAAUUCCAAAACUACAAUAGUUAAUUGGAAAUCAAGAGAAAAUUGAAACAGAUAUUAUGUAGGAAUUGAUUAGAGUAAAAUGUGACUUUGGUACAAAUCAAGCGAGAAGAGGUAAAUAAAUUAAUAUAAUCUUAGUAUAUUUUCGUCAAUUCAAAUACAAAGAGAUGAUACGGAUUUAUAAUCAUAAAUUAUUUAAGGAUAUGGUUUAGUAUUGUUUAAUUCUAUUCAUUUACUUGAUGAUAUUUUAAUUACCAAUUUUAUUUGCUUUAAUGGAAUACAAGCAAUAUUUAGGAGUCAAUCUUACAAUUGAAGGAUUGAAGAUUGCAUUCUAUUUAAUGAGUUGUAUUGUUGUUCCAUUCUGCUUAAGAGAUGCUUAUAAGUAUAUCUUCUAAAUAGGGAUGAUCAUAGGCUAUUUCAUCAGUAUUUUAUUCAACGUAAUAACAAUCAUAAUUAAUGAUCCAAUUGAAAGAACUUACAUUACUCUAAUCCUAGCCUUCACUUUAUGUUUGGGAUACUAUUUGAGAGCUUUACCCUAUUUCACUUCUCGUCAUAGAAAACUGUUAUUUAUUUUAAAAUACUCUCACAUAAUUUUCAUCUUAUCUUUCGCCAAUGAAUGGAAUGAAACAAUCAUUUUCAUUCUCGCCAUUGAAAUCUUUAUAUUUGUUCAAAGAAACCAAAAUGAAGAUUUACUUUAUUAGAACUACAAUAUCCAUGAUCAACUCUUGUAACAAUAACAAGAAUAAAACAAAAUAAUCAGUCAUCUAUUACCUUCUCAUAUUUUAUAAUAAUAUUUUAAAGAAUAAGACACUAUACCUGAUGUUUUUGAGAAUGCAACAAUCCUAUAUGCAGAUAUAGCUGGCUUUACUAAAUAUUCUACUAGUGUUGAUGCUUAAUAAGUAUUGUAAAUGUUGAGUUCCCUUUUUAAUAAGUUUGAUGUUGCUUGCACUGAAAACAAUGUGUAUAAGUUGUAUUCCAUCGGAGAUAGUUAUGUUGUAAUAGGAGUCUUGGAUGCAAACAAUGGAAUCAGAGAAGAAGAAGCUUACAACGUUGUCAAUCUUGGUUUUCAACUACUAGACAUUGUAAAUUUACUUAAGAAAAAUAUUCAAUAUCCUGAUAUCAAUAUGCGAAUUGGAAUACAUACAGGGAAUAUAAUUGGUGGCAUAGUAGGAACAGAUAUUGUGAGAUAUGAUAUAUAUGGAUCAGAUGUGGCCAUAGCCAAAAAGAUGGAAUAGAAUUCAUAAAUUGGAAGAAUCAUGGUUUCAGAGGAUACUAUGAAGUUUUUAGAUGCCACUUACACAGGAGAAUUCAGUUAUGUAUUUGCUAAUCAGAUUGAACAUAGAAAUAGAAUUAUUUAAGGUUAUUAUAUCGACAAAGUAUAAAUUGAAGAAUGA